CAAUCCUCCUGUUCACGAUGGCCUUGGUCGGUGGAAUGAAUUGCUGCUUUAAGGACAGUCUGCUGCUCCUGGGGAUUUCUAUCCAGUUGGUGCUGGUCAUUUCACACCCUCAGUGCCUGGAUUACAAGCCGCCAUUCAAACCCACCAAGCCCCUGGCAUUCUGCACGGCCUACUCCAGUUUCGGUUGUUGCGACGCGAGGGCUGACUCCAGCCUGGCCCGAAGAUACCAGCACAUUGUCAGCUACCUCCACCCCUCGGGGAUCUCAGUCUGUGGCAAGUACAUCCAGGAGCUGCUGUGUCAGAAAUGCUCGCCGUACGCGGCUCACCUCUAUGACGCAGAGGACGCCGACACGCCGAUGCGGGUUUUGCCGGGGCUCUGCGGCGAUUACUGCGCCGAGUUUUGGAAGCGCUGUCGUUCGACCCUGAGCCUCCUCACCGGGGACACGCGGUCGGUGGACCUGGAGACGGACCGUGGCAAGUUUUGCAGCUACCUGGAGCUCCAGGACCCUGACUACUGCUACCCCAACGUCCUGAGCAGCGAGCGGCUGCAGACGAACCUGGGGAGGGUCCAGGCCGACGCCGAGGGGUGUCUCCAGCUCUGCCUGAAGGAAGUAGCCAAUCGGCUCAGGAACCCAGUGGCCAUGCUGCACGCCGGCGAUGGAACCCACCGCCUCUUUGUGGCCGAGCAGCUGGGCCUAGUCUGGGUCUACCUGGCCAACGGCUCCAAGGUCAGCCAGCCCUUCCUUAACUUGACCGAGACCGUCCUGACCUCGCCUUGGCUGGGCGACGAGAGGGGUUUCCUGGGCCUGGCCUUUCACCCCAGCUUCAGGUGGAACGGCAAGGUCUACGUCUACUACUCCAUCUUCACGAGGAAGGCCGAGAGGAUCCGCAUCAGUGAGUUCCAGCUGCUGCCUGGCAACAUGAACGCACUGGACCACACCUCAGAAAGGGUGAUUUUGGAGGUGCUGGAGCCAGCUUCCAAUCACAAUGGAGGACAGCUACUGUUUGGAAAUGAUGGAUAUCUUUAUAUUUUCACGGGAGAUGGUGGGGGAGCUGGAGAUUCAUUUGGGAAGUUUGGAAAUGCACAGAAUAAGUCGUCCCUGUUGGGGAAGGUGCUGCGUAUCGAUGUGAACCACAACGAUGAUGGGCCCCCGUACCGGAUCCCAGUAGACAAUCCGUUUGUGAGGGAGAGGUCCGCACACCCCGAGGUCUAUGCCUACGGAGUAAGGAACAUGUGGAGGUGCUCAGUGGACCGGGGCGACUCCGAAACCGGAGCAGGGAGGGGGCGCCUGUUCUGCGGCGAUGUUGGCCAGAACAAGUUCGAGGAGGUGGACAUCAUCCAGAGAGGGGCCAACUACGGCUGGAGGGCGAAGGAAGGCUUCUCCUGCUAUGACAAGACGCUGUGCACCAACUCGUCUCUCAAUGACGUCCUGCCAAUCUUCGCGUAUCCCCACAGAUUGGGCCGGUCAGUAAUUGGCGGCUAUGUCUACCGAGGCUGCGAGAUGCCCAAUCUGAACGGACUCUACAUCUUCGGAGAUUUCAUGAGCGGGCGCCUCAUGUCUCUGAAAGAGGAGACCCGCUCUGGCCGCUGGAGUUACCAGGAGAUCUGCAUGGGCCGUGGGGAAGUGUGCAAUUUUCCCAAACUCAUCAACAACUACUACCAGUACAUCAUCUCCUUUGCUGAGGAUGAGGCAGGUGAACUGUACUUUAUGUCCAGUGGAAAUCCCAGUGCUUACGUCCCUGCAGGGACUGUGUACAAAUUCAUCGACCCGUCUCGGAGAGCACCACCGGGGAAGUGUCGCUUUAAACCGAAGCCCGUGACUGUGAAAGGAAAGUUACUUCCAUUUCGACCGAAAGAGAAACUCAUCUUGGAGGUGAAAACCACAACGGUGGCCCCAACUUCAGCUAGGCCCAGACCCAGACCCAGGCCCAGGCCCAGGCCCAGGCCCCGACCAACUGGGGCCACGACACGCAGGCCUAAGGUGGGUCGGAAAGAGAAAACCCAGGCUACUACCACCACCACCACGACCACCACCACAACCGCCCCAGCUGCCGCCCCUCAGCCUCCCACUUUGAGCUGGCACUGGGAGUUGCCGGGCCGACCAACCACAAAAGCUCCGCCCAGGAGCCGCACGCCACCGACGGAGGCAGAGAGAGGCCGGGGAGCAGGCGGGCGGCGCAUGGAUCAGAGGUUGAAAACGGGAAAGAGGAGGCGCGGGCGGCCGCGGGAGGGCACGGUGCGGCUGGCGGGCACCAGGGGGCAGCGCCGGAGGAGGAGGCGGCCAGGCGAAGGCAGGGUCGAGGUCUACAUCAGUGGACGGUGGGGCACCAUCUGCGGCCGCUCCUGGGAUUCCGGCUCCGCGGCGGUGGUCUGCCAUCAGCUGGGUUACCGGGGCGUGGCCAGGGUUGCCGGCACGGCAGAGUUCGGGGCCAGCGGCCUGCCGAUCGUUCUGGGCAGCGUGCAGUGCGUGGGCACCGAGAGGAACAUCCUGAGGUGUCGGCACAGGCCCCUGGGGGAACAUGGUUGCCCACGUGGGCAGGAGGCCGGUGUCAUCUGCCGCAGGCAACACACUGCUCCAAGAACAUAACCCGCACAGAAACAGGCCCUUCGUCCCAUCACAGUGUCUGUGCUGACCACGGUGCCAUCACAAAGUCCCGAAGAAGGUGGUGGCCUAGUGGCAUUAUUGCCUGACUUUUAAUCCCCGGUAACAUUCCCUUGUUC